AGCCCGUCUUCUCAAGUUCGGGCGGGGUGAACGGUACGGGGCUGAACCCGUGGGUCAUGGCGUCCGUGCGACGGGGCCUGCUGGCCCUGUGCCUCUUGGUCGCCGCCUGGAUUCAUGCCUCCAGCCUAUGCUUUAAAAUCCCGGGCAUCACAGGACCACCGAUGAAGCGCCCGAAGCCUCGUAACAAGCGCCAGGAGCUGGAGAAAUGCCCCCAGAAGGGCGGCAUCGUCAUGCGUGUCUACACCAUGUCGCCCAAGAAGCCCAACUCAGCGAUUCGCAAGGUGUGCCGCUUGAAGUUGUCCACCGGUGUGGAAUGCAUCGCCUAUAUCCCCGGUGAGGGCCACAGCCUCCAGGAGUUCGCCUCGGUGCUCAUGCGCGGAGGACGACGCCGAGAUUUGGUCGGUAUGAGGUAUUGCGUGAUCCGUGGGGCCCGCGACAUGCAAGGGGUCGUGGGCCGGCGUCAGAGCCGCAGCAAGUAUGGCGCAGAGAAGCCGAGUGCAGAUGAGCCACCCCCUGCGAAGGGCAAAGGAAAGCGCUGAGAGUCGAACAAAUUUUCAGGUGCGGCGGAGCCCCUGCAAAAAGCAAAGAAAAGCGGUCGACCUCUUCUGCAGCGUGAUCUGGGGCGUUCAAUAUGGUUCAAUC